AUGGCUGAGGUAGUGUGGACGAAUAGAGGACAAGACCGCUCUACAAAGGAGAUGGGUUGCUCCAUUGAUCAGUUCAUCAGAUUGAGGCCUUCGGCUUUUGUAGGAAGUGCAGAUCAAGUUCAUGUUGAGAAUUGGAUCCAGGAGAUCGAGAAUAUCCUGGAUGUCUUGAACUAUAUGGAGAAUCAGAAGGUCACCUUUGCCACGUUCAAGUUGGCAGGAGAGGCUGUGAGAUGGUGGGUGUCUGUAAAGAAGAUGGAGGAACUCCGACCGAUACCCAUAGCAUUGACGUGGGCCCGGUUCAAAGAGUUAUUCUUUGAAUGGUAUUUUCUGGCGACGGUCAGAAAUGUGAAGAUGGAAGAAUUCAUGAAUCUGACUCAGGAAUCGUUGACAGUGCAGCAAUACACUGCCAAAUUCCAAGAGUUGUCCCGAUUCGAUCCAUUCGUGAUACCAGAUGAAGUGAAGAAGGCGUGGAAGUUUCAGAGGGAUCUAAGGAAGGAGAUCUGUAGGCAGAUGACGAUUCUGCAGUUGCAGGACUUUGCUAUGUUGGUUGAUAAAGCCACGGUGGCAGAGAAGUGUUUGCUUGAGGACACAGAGGUCCAGGUUCUGAAGAAGAGGCUAGCGCCUCCUAGUUCUUCGUUUGGGGCAAAGCAAGGUAACUGGAAGAAGAAUAGUGGUAGUAUGUCUCAAAACACCGCACGUUUUCAACGUUGCCCUUUAUGUGGUAGGAGACACCCUGGGCAGUGUUGGUUGUUUACGGGGGCUUGUAUGCGGUGUGGUAAGCAAGGGCACCAGGUGAGAGACUGUGGGAUGCAGGGAAACAGUGGAGCCUCGCGGCAACCAUUCAGAGGGAAUGCUCAGGCACAGCAUGGUGGUCAAUAA